AUGACGCCGCCGCUGCCCGGGGUCUCCGCCCCGGCACACCACCACCAACCAGCAGCCGCUGCAACCUGCAGCACCUCCACGGCCAGGCCCCCCUCGCUGGCCAGCACCUCCACCGCCACGACGCCCAGACCCCCGCGCCCGAGCAGGCCCGCAAGGCCCAGAUCCGGCCCGGCCGAGCCCGACCACUCCCGGCGCCGCCGCGCCCCGCCACACCCGCACAGCCACCACGAGCAGGCCGAAGCCAGCAGCGCCGCCGCGCCCGCCGCGCCCGCCGCACGCCGCCGCGCCUCGCAGCACGCCCCCGCGCCCGUCGCAUCCCGCCGCCGCGGUUCCCCCAAUCUGCGAGCUAGCCUCCGCCGGCCGGAGAGAGAACAGGUCCUGCCGCCGCCGCUCCGCGCGGGCUUUGCCCGGCGGAGACCACCGGCGACGGCAGGGGAGGAGGGGGCGGAGGGGGAGGGGUGGUUACUGGAGGCUGGUAUCGCCGCCCGUGUCGCCCAGGGGAGGAGCGACGCGGGGGCCUGUGUUAGAUCAUAG